GUAGUUCUAUGAGCUAUGAAAUGUCAGUUGCUUCAGGAUUUGACAUGGUUGACAUUUAAAACGGAGAGAAUAUUUUGUUAAUGUGUAUUUUGAAUAAUGUUUUGAGUGUUUCUGAUUUAUAAUCGGCCAUAAAUGUGUAUGAUAAAAUUGAGAUAAAAUAACAAUAGGAAUUCGAAUGGAAAGUAGAAUUAUUUCGAUGUAGGUCCGUAUUUUGUAUUUAAUGUUUUGACAAUAAUCAUCGCACACGGAAGACAUGCCAAAUGAAUUAUUGGGGGAAGUCAAAUCGGCCAGUCAACAGUGUUUACGGAAUUGUUAAAAUACGGCGUUUAUUAACUCAGGUGGAUGGGGUGAAGAGAAGCUGUGCUCUUUCUUUUGUGAUGACCACACUAGUGCAAGCAAGAUAGGAGCCCCACAGCAGGAUGGAUGGCCUGAGGGCCUUGGACGUGAUGUCCCUACUGCAGGAGCGGCUGGCCGUGCUGACGGGUGGCAGGGACCGGCGGGGUGGGCCCGUCCUCUGCUUCCCGGCCACCCCCAAGAGGGAGCGCGCCAAGCCCGACGACUACCGCCGCCUGCUGCAGUACCUCGUAGCCAUCCCGUGUGACGAGGCGCGGGAGCUGGGCUUCACGGUCGUGAUCGACAUGCGGGGGGCCACUUGGAGCACGGUCAAGCCCAUCCUGAAGGUGCUGCAGGAGCACUUCCCUGGCUCCGUGCACGUCGCCCACAUCAUCAAGCCCGACAACUUCUGGCAGAAGCAGCGCACGUCCCUCGCCAGCCACAAGUACAAGUUCGAGACAAACAUGAUUAGCGUGGAAGCGUUGUCAAAAAUCAUUGAUACGGGCCAGAUGACGUCCGACCUUGAAGGGACGCUGCAUUACGACCACUCGCAGUGGAUUGACAUGAGACUGGCGCUGGAGGACUUUGUGUGGCAAGCGGCCGACCUGCUGGACCGACUGGACGACCUGCAGGAGGACCUGAGCCGCAGCGACUUCGCCGACGACGUGGCGGGGGCCAAGCACAGCAUCGACCUGCACGCCGAGAUGAAGAAGAAGAUCAUGAAGGCACCCGUCGAAGAUAUCGACCUCAUCGGCCAGAGAUUACUGCAAAGGUUGUCCGGGGACUCGAACAGCGGCUACGACUCGGGCUACUCGGGGAGGGACAGCGAGGCGAGCUCCGUCGUGGCCAACCCGGACCUGCAAGCCUCGGUGCCCCAGAUCCUGCAGAACCUGGAGGCCAUCCACACGUCGCAGCAGCACCUGCUCCAGCUGUGGCACCACAAGAAGCUGAAGCUGGACCAGUGCUUCCAGCUGCGGCUGUUCGAACAAGACUGCGAGAAAAUGUUUGACUGGAUAUGUCAUAAUCGUGAUGUUUUUCUCAUGAACUAUGUAGAAAUAGGCCAUUCGUACAAAUUAGCCAAAGAACUUCAAGAGGAACACAAUCACUUUACAAUGAGUUCAAUGAACGUUUAUGUAAAUAUAAAUCGAAUCCUAACUGUAGCAUCGCGGCUCAUCGAGAGCAGCCAUUAUGCAGCACAACAAAUUAGGACAUUAGCUGCGAGACUAGAUAGGACGUGGAAGGAGUUUGCAGCUGGUCUCGAUGAGAGAACAUCUGUCUUAGCUCUUUCUGUAGUCUUCCAUCACAAAGCUGAACAGUACGUGGAGAGCGUGGGCAACUGGAACCAGGCGUGCGAGAACAUGAGCAUCCCCAGCGAGAUCAUGGUGCUGGAGACGGCCAUCCACCAGCACCAGAGCCUGUACGAGUCCAUGUGCCAGGCGUACACGGAGGUGUACAAUUCUUACCAAGCUUUGCUCAAUGGACUGGACCUGUUGGUUCAGUCGUCUCAGUGUCGCACUCCGACAUCAAAUACCGCAAAUGAUAAUGUUACCAACAAAAAUGUUCAUAGCACUAGCAAAAAGCUGCUCUAUCAGCUAGACCACCUGGUGCAGAUCUGUCACCAGCCAGGAAUGGAGGUGGCCUCUCGAAAACAUAAUUCAAGAAGAAAGCUGAAAGGUCAAACAGUGGCGGCGGACGGCCAGGGGGCGUACGAGACGAGCAGCCGGCACCCCAGCAACCCCGCGGCGGACUACUCCGAGGGCGCGAGCCACGUGCUGGCGGUCAUCCACCAGAUACUCAACCACCACCGGGCCCUCGAGCAGAAGUGGCACGCCAAGAAGAUCAAGCUGCACCAGCGGCUGGCCCUCCGGCUUUUCCAGGAGGACGUGAAGCAGGUUCUUGAUUGGUUGGCCAACCACGGGGAGGUUUUCCUCAGGAAGAAUGUUGCGAUUGGUCGUAACCUGCAGAAAGCACGAGUGUACCAGAAGAGUCACGAGCAUUUUGAAAAUGUGGCGCAGAACACGUACACCAACGCCGAGAAGCUGCUGACGGCAGCGGAGGAGUUGGCGCAGACAGGCGAGUGCAACGCCGACGAGAUCUACUCCGUGGCCCACGAGCUAGAGAGCCACGUGACCAGCUUCGCGGCGCGCGUCGAGCAGCGGCGACGGCGCCUCGACCUCGCGGUGCUGUUUUACACCCGCGAGAAGGAGCUGAGCAGCUGGGCGGACGAGCUGCGGCAGGAUGUGCAGAGCGACGAGGCAGCCGACACCCUGGAGGUGGCGGAGAGGCUGCUAGAGCAGUGCGGGCAGCAACGGGCGUCCUCCCUCGACCUGUGCGUGGCCACCGUCGCGCAGGGCGAGACCCUCCUCAAGGAGCUCAGGAACGCGGGCGUCACGCCGGAGAUGGACUCGACGGGCUCGAUGGCGGCGGUGGAGUCGGCGCUGGACCGCCUGGGCAAGCAGCGCGCUGAGCUGGACGAGCUGUGGUCGGCGCGCCGCCUCAAGCUGGACCUGAGCCUGCGCCUGAGGCUGUUCGAGCGCGACGCCCUGGAGGCGUCGUCACGCCUGGAGCGCUGGUCGGAGGAGCUGGGCCGCGCGGAGCUGGGGCGCGACGCGGCGCAGGCCGAGCAGCUGCUGCGGCUGCACGGCGAGGGCGUGGCACGCAUGCAGGCCGCCGCCUUCCAGGUGCUGCAGCAGGGGCAGGAGCUCGCGCAGGCGCUGGAGACCUCGGGGCUGUCGCUGAUGGCGGACAGCCAGUACACGGCCCAGACCCGGGUCCAGGUGCUGCUGGAGUUCCUGCACGAGCGGGAGAUGGACCUGGAGGACCUGGCCGAGAUGAAGCGGGUCAAGCUGGAGCAGUGCGUCCAGCUGUGCCAGUUCCAGACGGACGCCAACCAGGUCAUCAGCUGGAUACGCAACGGUGAGGCAAUGCUGAUGGCCAGUUUCUCCAUCCCCAGCUGCCUCCAGGAUGCAGAACAGCUGAAAAAGGAGCAUGAGCAAUUCCAAGUGGCGAUCGAGAAGACACACACGUCAGCGGUGCAGGUGAAGCACCGGGCGGAGUCGCUGAUCAGCGCGAACCACUACGACCCGCAGAGCAUCCGGGAGAUAGCGGAGGAGGUGACCAAGAGGUGGCAGCAGCUGGUCACGUGCGCCGAGGAGAGGCACAAGCUGGUCACCGCCAGCCUCAACUUCUACAAGACCGCGGAGCAGGUGUGCUCGGUGCUGGACAGCCUGGAGCGGGAGUACAAGCGCGACGAGGACUGGUGCGGCAGCUCGUGCGACAAGCCCGGGGGCGGCGGCGGGGGGCCGGCGGGGGGCAGCAGCCCGGGCCCCGACAAGUGCGCGCUCAUGGCCCAGCUGGUGGCCAAGCACCAGGAGCAGAAGGAGGCCUUCCUGAAGGCCUGCACGCUGGCGCGCCGCACCGCCGAGACCUUCCUCAAGUACACCGGGCGCAGCCUGCAGUACUACAGCUACCAGGGCGAGGCGGGCACCCGCAACGCCGAGAACCGGGUCAAGAACAUCCUGGAGAAGCUGCUGAGCCAGGAGAACAAAGUGCUGGAGCACUGGACCCAGUGCAAGAAGCGGCUGGACCAGUGCCAGCAGUUCGUGCUGUUCGAGCGGUCGGCGAAGCAGGCCAUCGAGUGGAUCCACGACACGGGGGAGUUCUACCUGUCCACGCACACCACCGUCGGCCAGAACAAGGAGGAGACCGAGACCUUGCUGUCGGAGCACAACGAGUUCAAGGGCACGGCCAAGGAAACCCGGGAGCGCGUGAAGCUGUUGAUCCAACUGGCGGACAGCUUGGUCGAGAAGGGCCAUGCGCACGCCAGCGCCAUCAAGCAGUGGGUGGCAGCUGUCGACAACCGCUACAAGGACUUCAGCUCCCGCAUGGAUAAGUAUCGAGCGCAGUUGGAGUGCUCGCUUGGCAUCCUAGCAGAAGGCGAGAGCAGGCAAGAUUUGUCCAUAGACAGGAACUCCGAUCCUCUCCUGGAGACAAAGUUGAAGGAAGUCGCUAGUAAGGAACUGAAAGAACUGAACGAGGACAAGAGGAAGUCUGCUCGCAGAAAAGAAUUCAUCAUGGCUGAACUGUUGCAGACAGAACGUACAUACGUUAAGGAUCUCGAGUUGUGCAUAAAGAGCUUCCUUGUGGAGAUGAGAUCAAAUUUGAAUGUACCGCCUGCAAUACAGGGGAAAGAGGAUGUCAUCUUUGGGAACAUGGAAGAAAUUUAUGAUUUCCAUAACAAUGUGUUCUUGAAGGAGCUGGAAAAGUACGAGACUAUGCCGGAAGAUGUUGGACAUUGUUUUGUGACUUGGGCGCAGAAGUUCGACAUGUACGUGCAGUACUGCAGGAACAAGCCGGAGUCGAACAGCGUGCUGGUGCAGCACGGCGGGUGCUUCUUCGAGGAGCUGCAGAAGGCGCACCGCGUGGAGCACCCCAUCGCGGCGUACCUCAUAAAGCCCGUGCAGCGCAUCACCAAGUACCAGCUGCUGCUCAAGGACUUGCAGUCGUGCUGCGAGGAGGGCCAGGGCGAGAUCAAGGACGGCCUGGAAGUGAUGCUGAACGUCCCGAAGAAGGCCAACGACGCCAUGCACCUCUCCCUGCUGGACGGCUGCGACGUCAGCCUGGACAAGCUGGGGGAGGUGAUCCUGCAGGACACGUUCCACGUGUGGGACCCCAAGCAGAUCAUCCGCAAGGGGCGCGAAAGGCACAUUUUCCUGUUCGAGCUGUACCUGCUGUUCAGCAAGGAAGUCAAGGACUCCAACGGCAAGGCCAGAUACCUCUACAAGAACAAGCUGAUGACAUCUGAGCUGGGUGUGACGGAACACAUAGAGGCAGACGAGUGCAAGUUUGCUGUGUGGACGGGCCGAGCUCCAAUAUCGGACUACAGGAUAGUGCUCAAAGCGGGCAGCCUGGACAGCAAGCAGAGUUGGGUGAAGAAGCUGAGGGAGGUGAUCCAGGAGACAUACUUCAGCACCGCCCUGCCCCUCAGCAUGCCCAAGAGCCCGGCCAAGCUCAAGCCCGGCAGUCAGCGGUCCAGUCGUGACCUAGAGGAUUCUACAUCAUUGGAUGACAGUGUUGAGAAUUUGGAUAGGGGCUCGCUGGCAUCAUUUGGAUCCGGGAACACAACAGACUCGGAUAAGGCGGCCGGGGUCGAGAUGACGUGGGUGAUCGCGGACCACGUGGCGCCGGCCGGCUCGCAGGAGCUGAGCGUGCACAAGGGCCAGCAGGUGGAGGUGCUGGAGGUGCGGGCCGCUUCGCCCGACUGGUGCCUGGUGCGCGCGCCCGCGGCCGGCGGCGGCGGCAUGUCCGGCGGCGGGGGCGGCGCGGACUCGCCGCCCGAGGGGCUGGUCCCCCUCGCCGUGCUCAAGCAGCCGCCCGCCGGCCUCAAGACCUCGCCCUCGCGCCGCGCCGAGUGCGACUCCUCCGAGCCCGGCACCAGCGAUGGAGGUCCGGGCCAGUUGACGACCAGUUCGCCCGUCAACAAGAGGAGGGUGUUCAGCGGGAGGAAAUGGCUGCCGCCGCCCCUCAGGAAGCUGAGCCAGGGCAAGGGGGAGAAGGGCGCCGUCGCUACGCCACCGGACCGACCGCCACUCAAGAAGACGGGCUCCGAUAAGCGCUUCAAGCUGCCGUCAAAUGACAUGGGCAACAAGCAGGUGAUCGCGGCGCCGGGCGACGACGAGAGACCCCGGCGUCCCGCCGCCGCCGCCGCCGCCGGCUUCCCCGACCAGAACGGCGAGGAGGGCGAGGAGGAGGUGGAGCUGCCGCCGCCCAUGAAGCCCAUCGCCGAGCCCAUCCUGCCCAGCGCCGCCGCCGCCGCAGCCGCAGCCGCAGCAGCCGCCGCCGGCCCCGACGAGAGCCAGGGCAAGCGGGAGCAGCACACGGAGAACCAGGAGCGCAACAGCCUGCUGGGCCACGAGGAGGGCAAGGCGGCGGCGGCGGCGGCGGCGGCGGGGCGGGAGGGCGGCUGCAGCGCGGUGCUGGACAAGGGGGGAGGAGGAGGAGGAGGAGGGGACGCGGCGAUGGCCGCCCUGCAGCAGCGCGAGUACGUGCUCCGGGAGCUGGUGGAGACGGAGCGGGACUACGUGCGGGACCUGCGGGAGGUGGUGGAGGGCUACAUGGCCCUCAUGAGGGACCCGGACUGCGAGGUGCCGCUCCCGGACGACCUGCGCGGCGGCAAGGACAAGAUGGUGUUCGGCAACCUGGAGGCCAUCUACGAGUGGCACCGCGAUUUCUUCCUCAAAGCACUGGAAAGGUGUAUCCACAACCCAGAGGAGCUGGGACCACUGUUCAAGCGCUACGAACGCAAACUGCACAUGUACGUUGUCUACUGCCAAAACAAGCCGGUGUCGGAAUACAUAGUGUCAGAGUACAUUGACACGUACUUCGAGGAACUGCGCCAGAAGCUGGGCCACAAGCUGCAGCUGUGCGACCUGCUCAUCAAGCCGGUCCAGAGGAUAAUGAAGUACCAGCUGCUGCUGCGAGACGUCUACAAGUACACGGAGCGAGCCGGCCUCGUCGCGGAGACGGAGGCACUGCAGCAGGCCAUGCACGUGAUGCACGUCGUGCCCAAGUCCGCCAACGACAUGAUGGACGUGGGACGCCUGCAGGGCUUCGACGGCAAGAUCACAGCGCAGGGCAAGCUACUGCUUCACGGGCUGCUGGUCUGCUGCGACAGCAAUUCCUCGUUCAGCCUCAAGUGCAGGGAGCUGCAGGUGUUCCUGUUCGAGCAGAACAUCAUCUUCAGCGACGUGGUCGGCAAGAAGACGCAGUUCACCAACCCCCGCUACAACUACCGGGCCCACAUACAGGUGAACAAGAUGAGCCUGGAGGAGAACGCGGACGAGAAUGACCCCUGUAAAUUCUUGAUCCGUUCGACGGAUCCUCGUUCGCACAACGUUGGCUUCUUGUGUCAAGCUCCGUCGAAAGAAAGCCGUGACGAGUGGGUUUCGACAAUACUCAAAAUACUUCAGACUCAAAAAGACUUUCUGAAAGCUAUUCAGUCGCCAAUCGCUUAUCAAAAGGCUAAAGAGGUUUUGCACCACAGCUCGGCCCCCAACGUCAGUUCCCCGCCGAGGAGGGAGCCGUCGCUGGAAGCCGCGGACGGUCGGACGGACUCCGGGCCCUCGCCGGGCCAGGGCGACCGCAGCAGGUCCGCGAGCGAGAAGAGCUGCCGGACGCACAGCCCCACCAAGCAGAGGCUCAACAUCUUCAACGGGUUCAGGAACACCCUGCGCAGUCGGAACAGGGGCGGGGGAGGGCCCUGUCUCGACGACGGCGACUGGCCGGAGCCGGCGAGAGGCGUGAGCUCCCCGCUCGGUCAGCGCGAGCGUCGGUGGUCGGAAGCGGGUUCUCCUCCCAACGUGGCCGGUGCGGUGAUCGCCCUCGGCUCGGUGGCGAAGGCGCUGUGCGAGUUCCGAGCCCUGGGCCCCAGCGACCUGCCCGUGGACAAGGGCGAGAGCGUGCGCGUGGUGGGCCACAGCCCCGGGCAGGGCUACCUGGUGCGGCACCAGGAGUCCGGGGAGGAGGGCUGGCUGCCCCCGCACGUCCUGUGCCCGCGGGCCGUCCGCAAGCCGUGGUCCUUCCGCCUCCGCAAGCACAGCUUCUCGGCGGGGGCCGGGCCCCGGGAGAGGCCCGAGCGGCGGGCGCCGGAGUUCCUGCGGCCGCCGGCCGAUGUGACGGCCCGCCGCGGGGACCGGGCGGAGCUGAGCUGCCGCCUGCGGCCGGGCGACGCCAGCGUCACGUGGCGGAGGCUGUCGGCCGACGCCGAGAGCGGGGGGACCGUGGUGAGGCGGGGCGCCCGCCUGGAGGACGGCGUGGCGUACCUCGUGCUGGAGAGCUGCCGGCCCGACGACGCCGGCGAGUACGUGUGCACGGCCUGCAACGAGGCGGGAAGUGCGACCACGUCCGCAUUCGUCCGUGUCGUGGGAUGGCCGGUGGAGAUGCAGACGUCCACUGGCUGCACUGGCCCGGUGGAGCCGGCAGACGGAGACCCGGCGGGCGUGGCAUCGCCGUCCGAGGAUGCGGACCGGUUCGGGCGCCGCUACGAGCAGCUUGGCGAGCUGGGGCACGGCCGGUUCUCGACGGUGCGCCGCGCCAGGGACAGGGGCACGUCGCAGGAGGUGGCCGUGAAGCAGGUGCCGCGCUGGCGGCAGCCCCACGAGGUGACGCGGGCCGAGUACGCCCUCAUGGCGGGACUGCAGCACGCCAACACCGUCAGGGCCCUGGCGCUCUUCGACAACGCUCCCCGCGCGGGCACCGACUCCAUAGUCAUGGAGCUAGUGAAUGGACCUUUGCUUUUCACAUACUUGUGUGAGCAGGAGAAAUAUACCGAGGAUACUGUGUGCAACUACAUGAAACAACUUGUGUCUUCUCUUGAAUAUCUUCAUCAUCAAAAUAUUGUUCACCUGGACGUUAAGCCGGAGAACGUGAUGGUGGACGUGGGCGGCAGGAGCCCCGUGCUGAAGCUGAUAGACUACAGCAGCGCCGUGCAGGUGGCGAGCAGCGAGGUGCUGCCGCCCUCCAACCUGGAGUUUGCCGCGCCGGAGAUGGUGCUGGGGCAGCCCACGUCCUGCCGCACGGACAUGUGGAGCCUGGGCGUGUUCCUCUACGUCUUCUUCAGUGGUUUGUCUCCUUUCCUCGACGACUCGCUGGAAGAGACGACCGCCAACAUCCUGAAGUGCGACUUCUGCUUCCCGGCCGAGUACUUCAGCGACAUCACGGACGAGGGCAAGGACGUCAUCAGCCGGCUCCUGGUCUCCUCCCCUUCUCGCCGCCUCGACGCCAAGGACUGUCUCGGCUGCCCGUGGUUCGGACAGGUGAACAGGAUAUGCGUGAUCCCAACAAAACGAUUGAUUUCUUUCAUGGAGCGGAGACAAGCCUUGACAAGACCGCAGUUACCAAUGUCUUCCCUCACUCACCUCUGAAGAAUGCAUAUCGAACUCUUAAUUGUUUUGUUUUGUGAUAAAAUACAAAAGUGGAAGAGAAGAAGUUUGUGAGUGCAUAUUUUGCUGAAAAAUAUUUCUAAUGACCCAACUUGUGCUUUCUUGCUAAUUUGCAAUACGUGUUUUGGCUGUGGAUAACAUAAUACUCUUUCCUAGUGUUUGAAUUUUGAUGCAGUCAUCGUUGUUAGAGUAAAUAUAAUGUGUAAGUGUAAUUUGUACCAAUGAAACCAAAGACAAUAAUAUACUGUACAUACUAUUGUGGCUUGUAACUAUUGAAUAGUAUUUGUAAGUAAUGAACAAUUAAGUGAUAUUGUACAUCUAAUAAUGAAUUCAUACUUGGUUAUAUAUUCUAUUUUUAAAAGUGAAAUAAGGUCAUGUUGCUUCAUCUUUAGUAAAUUAUAUCAUGGUGAUAAAAAUUUGAUUAAAAGACUAUUUUUAUACUGUUAUAACAAUUUUUUUAGCAAAUACAUUUUUUUUAAAUACUAUAUAAAUAGUUGAAGCAUCAAUGCUUUUGUGUUUGCUGACAAAAAAUUGCAGACUAGAUAAUAUUCAUCAAACAUGGUGUAAAAAUUUUACAAGCUAAAGUGUUUUUUCAUUGUGAAUUUUAUACUAAAACAAGAGUCCAUUCAGACAGUGUGAUUGAAAUAUUAAUAAAAUUGAGUCUGUUUACUA